UCACAAAACAGACACAGUCGGUUCAAGUUAGGCCAACUCUGCAAAGUAAUCCAGAAGACAGCAAGCAAAAAAACAACAAGAUGCUGUGCAAAUUCAAACUGCGAUCCUUAAUGACCUCUGUGGUUCUGCUCCUUGUGGUGCUCACCAUCCUGACAGAAGCUGCCUCCACGGGCAAAAGGAAGGAUAACAAAAGGAAAGAGGUGCGCUCACGCACACGGAGAAACACGAGCUACAUGCUGGAAUUGGAAAACAUUAAAUGGUCCUCGCACGCUCCACCACGCAGCUGGCACAUCAUCCAUGGUAGCUUCAUGAACCGCUCGGUGUCUCCCUGGAUCUACAGGCUGGACCACGAUCCCAACCGUUACCCUGUUAUCAUCCGGAGAGCAGAAUGUGUGUCCUCCCACUGCCUGAACUCCGAAGGGAAAGAGGAUCUGAAUCUCAACACCCGUCUCGUCAAGCAGGAGAUGAUUGUACUGAAGAAAGAGGGUCAUGAGAACCGAAUCACCUACCGUGCAGAGCUGGUGAUGGUUCCUGUUGCCUGUAUCUGUGUGCUCCCAGUGGUCGUCAAAACCUAAAGGGAUCCGAUUAACAAAGGGUAAAGCCAGAUGAAGCCCAACUCAACACAGUCAGUCUUUAUUAUUCUAAAGUAUCAGUUCAGAGUGAGGAACAAAGCCAUUGAAAUCACAAACUGCCAGAAAGUCAGUCACAUUGUUUUGAAGUACCAGCUCAUUUACAACGCACACACCCUUGCCCAGCAAUACCAUCCACUUCCUCACUCACACCACCCCUUCCCACCCUACCAUACUACCCAAUCCCCUGCUUCAUCCACAACACCCUUCCCUGCCAUACCCACACCACUCCCUCCUCUGCCCUUGUGAACUCUGUCCUCCACUCACGCCAGCUCCUCCAUUUUGCAUGACACUUCAGCAGUUCUGGAAAAUCCUCCCUCACCCACAGCAGGAGUUGUUUCGACUCUGGAUCUUUCAAAGAGUAGGAAUAUCCCAAUCUUCUCUCCUCAGGCAAUUGACAAACUCCCUGAAACCCAAUGUCCUUUCAAAUCAGAAGAACAUCAAAGUUUUUUUUGGAGGAAUCAUGUUAAAAUUAAGAGAUUCCCUCCCACCCAACUAACAGUUAGACUUUAGGGCAGCACGGUGGCACAGUGGUUAGCACUGCUGCCUCACAGCGCCAGAGACCUGGGUUCAAUUCCCACCUCAGGCGACUGACUGUGUGGAGUUUGCACAUUCUCCCCGUGUCUGCGUGGGUUUCCUCCGGGUGCUCCGGUUUCCUCCCACAGUCCAAAGAUGUGCGGGUCAGGUGAAUUGGCCAUGCUAAAAUUGCCCGUAGUGUUAGGUAAGGGGUAGAUGUAGGGGUAUAGGUGGGUUGCGCUUCGGCGGGUCGGUGUGGACUUGUUGGGCCGAAGGGCCUGUUUCCACACUGUAAGUAAUCUAAUUAAUGGAGGGAACCAUUUCCUUUAACAGUGCUAGGCCUCCCUUAAAAUCAGUAUUCCUGCCUUUUCCCUAUCCAAAUGGGAAAGUGUCCAUGCCAGGCCGGAGUUAGGCCCAACAUUCAUUCUCAAUUUUUUUUUACUAAGAGCAUUGUCCUCCCCCUGGUCCCUCUGGAGAAAAUGUCUCCAUGUAUGACAUGCCCAACACCCUUCAAUACUGCCUUUCCUUUGAAGACACAUGUCAAUUUCAGAUGGACAAAAUGACACUGUGUGUUUGUGACAUCUGGGGUCUUGAAUUUUGUGGCCCACAGCAAGUGACCAUCUCGGGGUCAUCCUGGCCGACCAACCCCACCCCUACCUGGUACUUCCCCUACCCCACCCAGAGGAGAGGCCUCAGACUCUGCUCGAAGUUCCCUGGGAGUGCCGAUCUCACAGGAUGAGGUAUGUGUGAGGGACAAUCCAUACUGCGCUAGGCAUUGCCACUCCUUCCCGCCCAAGGGACACAGUCACCCUGUUACAUUCUGUGAAUGAAACAUAAGAAAUGGGCCGUGACUUUGAAGAUGUGACAGACACAGGCCACUCACUGCCAACCCAGUCAAUGUCUGUUUCCCAGACAAUCAGCAAGCCCAGGGAACAGCACAGCUGGAGUGAGUCUGAUGGAAAUUGGGAUUGCUUGGGACCCAGAGCGAGCGAAGUACAAAUAACCAGUUCUGAGUGUUGCGGAUGAUUGAAGUACUGACCAUGUCAGAGGCAAAAUGGGCCUUGCUGGUAGUUGGCUGGUAAACUCUCUCUGGCUUCACCUCAUUGGUGAGGUUUGGGAGUGUCAGUUGGAUCACUUUAGCAUGGAAUUGUACAAUUCAGGAACAGCUUGUUCCUCCUGUCAUUUCUACUGUUAUUUUUCCUCAUUAUAUUAGGACCAGCAAGGGACAGAUUUGCUGGGGAA